AUGUCUGCCACUGAAGCUUCUCCCCCUUUCGUGGAGCCCUAUCCUGGGUAUGCGGCCGAAAAUAAGGGCCCAACCAUCCUAGGCGUCACGUCGGCCAUGACGUUGCUGGGCAUCGUGUUUGUGGCGGCAAGAGUGUACAGCAGAGUGAUCUCGAUGGGCAAGAUCUACCUCGACGACUACAUCACUCUCUUUUCCAUUACUCUCUGUGUUAUAUAUGUUGGACUGGCUGGUGCCGCCAUUUCGCAUGGUGGUGGUAGACAUCUCGAUACCCUAAGCCCUGAAGAUGUCAAAAAAGCCCUCUAUUACACCGUCAUCUCGUUCGUACCUGGCGUGUCGUCCUUUACGAUCCCCAAGUUUGCCGUGGUGGUUUUGCUGCGCAAGAUCUUGAACCCGGGCCGGGCGCACCGCAUGGUCAUGUGGGUGGUUUCGGUCAUCUAUGGCCUCCUCGCCAUUGGCAUGCUCGUCAUCAACUUUGCCCAGUGCACCCCAGCUCGUGCGCAGUGGUUGGACGCCCCAGGCAAAUGCUGGGACCGUCAGAUCACGGUCGACUAUGCCAUGGCCCUCGGAAUUUAUUCGGUUCUUUUCGACUUUUAUCUCGCCAUCUAUCCCACCGUCGUUCUUUUCCAGCUGCAGCUUAAUUGGAGGAAGAAGCUGGCUCUUUCGUCGUCGUUGGGCUUCGGAUACUGUGCCGGUGUCAUCACUUGCUACAAGUGCUACACGUUGAGUGGCCUCCUCGAGGUCGUGGACUUUACGUAUACCGUCGACGAUGUGGUUCUCUGGACAAAUAUCGAAGCAAACUGCGUCAUCAUUGGCGCCUGCAUUCCCUGCCUCUACCCCCUCAUCAGGAAGCUAUUCGGCAACUCUGCUCUCGGGGGCACCUCUGGUCCAACGGGCGGCAACUCCAAAUCAGGGGGCGGGUACCGUGGAAACACUGGACGCACCAACACCGUCGUCACCAUAGGAUCUUAUGCUAAGAACAAAGGACGCUCGCGCAACAAGUCCAUCUCGCAGCUGGACACCAUCAACGACAUGGAUGCCGACAGCAAAUACAUCAUCCUCGAGGAGCGCUCGUUCCACUGCAGCACCGCCGAGCUGACGGAACCGGAUGCCGUGGCGGCGAAUGUGCAAAAUGAGCACAGGAAGCCCGAGCGGGUAGCAAAACCAGACGGAUGGUGA